GGCGCACUUUCAAGACUGCCUGAGGUGUCCAAGGGCUUGCGUACGUGCCAGUCUGCAGGACAUGUUCGCGAUACCUAGGUCAAUACUGUGAGCGCGUAAUUUUAGCCCUCACGUAGACACGAAGCUCUGAAGCAGGGCCACUAUGUUGUCGUUCGAUACCAUCAAUAUCAUUUGCAUCGUAGCCACGGCGUGUCUCGUAGCAGCCGUCCAGCUGACGCAUGCCGCAUCUUGUCCGGAACCUUCGGCCAUCGAUGUGAUCGACGUUGGCCGCGACUACGUCACGUUCGGAUGGAAUGCGACGCAGCUACUUCCAAGCCCCCUGCACUGCGCGUGUGGCUUUCCGGGUGUCUACGCGAACGUCUGUUCCGCGGACGCCAAUUCUUCGGACUGCAGCGAAGGUGUCACGGGCUUCACCACCACGCAGCUAAACAUGAGGCCCGGCUACACCCACAUGGUCUGCGUGCAGACGCAGUGCUCGCCGACCAAUUUUUCAUCGCCCGUUUGCAGGACGGUCCACACCUUGGCUUCAGAACCUUCGGAGAGUUUCGUCAAGCUAGCUGUUUCAGUGGUCAGCCCCACAAAACUGCAAGUCUUCUGGAAUGCCAUUCACGAGCCUGAUGACGGCGACGUCGUAAAACACUACGAGGUGUCUUGGUGGAAGCGCGGCCCCCGCCAGGCCAGCGCGCCUGCCACGGGCAAAUCUACCACACUCACCAACGAAACCUCCAUCACCGUCGACAAACUGGAGCCUCACGCCACCUACGCCGUCCAGGUGGUCGCGGUCUGCCAAAACGGCAACGCCACGACGCGACGCCCGUCUAAGAUCGCUACAACUACGACAUAUCCAGAAGGCCUGGUAGGCGUGUCCGACGUCACCCUGUCGACCACCAAUCGGAGGCCUUCUCUGUGCGACGUGUCCGUCAGGUGGACUGCCACGGCCCCAGACCCGGAGGCACUGGAGCAACACGAAUACCGCGUCACCCUAUGCGUGGGUUCUCAGGACGUCGCCUCCGAAAACUGCCGCAACAUGACGGUCCAGGGUGGUCGCACCAGAGUUACUUUUCCAGGAGUGCAAAAUUUCGCCGCUCUCUUCGCCACUGUGAGACCGGUGUUUAACAAUCCGGAUAACGUAUUCGAAGGCGAAGCCAGCGUGACGCUAGGUACGAGUUGGACGCCUGAGAUACCGAGAGUCGAAGAUCUCGUCGUCAGGGACGUGACCGGCAAAUCGGCCCGCGUUUCGUGGUCGAAGCUGGCACAGCUCGACGGCGUCGUCGGCGCGUACUACCGCGUUGCGGUCAGCGCGAAGAAAAAUCGAAGGCCUGCAGAGGACUCCGGUAGGAACGCCGAGGAAGAACAAGAACUGGACGCCGGCGAGGGUGUUCUGGAACAAGACGUCGUGCGAGAAGUCCCUGAGAGUGAAGCCGGCUUGGACCUGACAGACUUGAAGCCGUGGACGACUUACGCAAUCACAGUCACGCCUGGAGUCACGGCGACCGGAGUCGCCGUAGCGGGCGAGAGCGCAAACGAAGCCUUCGAAACGCCAGCGGAACCCCCGAGCAAACCUCAGAGCGUGUCCGUUGUGGAACGCGAAGGCGACCGCUACUUGACCUGGCUUCCUCCGGAAUCGUGGAACGGACCCCGGUCCGGCUACGAAGUGAUUGUGGCCUGCGUCCAGGACAACGUGAGGACCAACGGACCCAGCGUAGUGCUUAGCCCCGACACGACGGCAUUCAAGGCUCCCAGCCUCAGCCCCACGAAGUCUUGCACUUUGGGUAUCCGCGCCUUCAACGUCUACCGCGGGGAGUCCCUGGACGGAGGCGUUGUCUGGGUCCGCCUCACGUUUCCCAGGAGUGAGGAAGCCGUGGUAGCCGAGCCGUCUUGAAUGAAGCCUGAGGCGGCGCGGCGAUGUCCGAUAGCGCGCCCCGUAAUGUUGAACGAUCGUAUUGG